AUGAUAGAGUUUGUACGUGAUGAUUCCCCGCUUGCAAUACCAGUCGCAAUGCAGACUCCACUCAUAACACCAGGUGGUCCACUUCAGAACAUUGAUGAUGAUCAACUACAUGUUCAACAACAUGUUGUUGAACAACAACAACAACAAAUAGAUAAAGAUAAUGUAAAUAGUUUAGAAUAUAGUAGUUGUACAAGCAGUACUAAUAGUGAUAAUAAGUGUGAACAAGAACAAGAACAAGAACAAACAAAGGUGGAACAACAGCCACCUGUAGUACAACAACAAUAUCAAGUAACAUCACCAAAGUCAAUAUUUGAGAAGUUAAAACCACCAGAGUUGAGAACUUAUGUCAAUCAAUUCCCAAGACUCGAGAAGAUUACACCACAGGAACUGCCUUGGAUGCAACAGGUGAUGAAUUGGCAUACACAAGAGAGGGACUGUAGCAAACUGUGUCGUUUGGGCAUCCCUACAAGGGUGCGUGGUUAUAUGUGGCGAUUGGUAACAGGAUCGAUUGAGCUCGAGGAGAAGAACAUUGGUGUCUAUCAUCACUUCCUCACAAAGAACAACGAAGAGUACGAGUACAAGAUUUCAAAAGACAUCUCAAGGACAUUUCCCAAAGUGGAGUUCUUCUCAAAUGAUCAAGGACAAGUGUCAUUGUUCAAUAUACUCAAAGCCUAUUGUAUAAUGGAUCCGGAGAUCGGAUACACGCAAGGCAUGAGCUUCAUAGCCGCUGUACUACUCAGCGAGAUGGAUGAGAUUGAAUCAUUCUGGACAUUCACAUCAAUACUUAAGAAUUAUAGGUUGGCGAACUUGUACUCUUCCGACUUGUCAUUGUUAAGACGUUACUUGUACGUCAUUGAUCGAUUGAUUGAGACAUUGAUGCCUCGACUAUUCUCCCAUCUCAAGUUGAUUGGUGUAACGCCAGUACUGUUUGCAAGUGAAUGGAUCACAACAUUGUUCACCUACAACUUUGACAUUGACAUUAGCAAGCGAAUAUGGGACACAUUUCUCUUUGAAGGUCGAUACUACCUGCAUCGAGUGGUACUCAGUAUACUGAUGCUUAACGAGCGAUUCCUGUCGACUGCCACCUUUGAAGAGGCCGUCGAGUUUCUCAAGAAGGUGGGCUUCAACAUCAAUCCCGAUCAAGUUAUACAUCAGGCUGAUAACAUUGCACUGACAGAUAAUCAAAUCGAAAAGUUUGAAGAGGAGUUUGAUAAUCCUCACAUAAGUAACGACUACUUCUAA